AUUCGUCUAAUGAGUUCUCUUACACCACCAUCACAGAUGUCCAUCACCAAUUUCCUUGUGUGCUUCUUGGCUGUUGUCAUGACCGUCGCUGGUGAACCAACUGGAUACAGGCCGGCAAUGGCUUACCAAGCUCCGGUCUACAAAGCUCCGGCGUAUCAGGCACCUGCCUACAAGCCUCCUGCUUACCAGCCUCCUGCUUACCAGCCUCCUGCUUACCAGCCUCCUGCUUACCAGCCUCCUGCUUACCAGCCUCCUGCUUACCAGCCUCCUGCUUACCAGCCUCCUGCUUACCAGCCUCCUGCUCCCAAAGCACCUGCUUACAUGGCACCUGCUUACAUGGCACCUGCUUACAUGGCACCUGCACCUUCAUAUAAAGCAGCUUCAGCUUACUAGUUUUCU